UACCUUUAUGCACAUAGAUUUAGUGCAAGUUCUCUUUUAAGAAGGCCUCCUCAAGAAGACUCCAUUUCACAUAUCUUUUCCAAGUGUUUCAAUAAGAUCAAGAAGAAAUAACAAAGAGGAGAGAAUUGUGUUGUGUUGAUUUUCAUCCAUAUACUUGCAAGUUGCAGUUGUUGUGUCUUGAGACUGAGGCCACUAGUUGGAGUUAUCAGGGUGCAGAGCUGUUUGACUGAUCCGCAACACCAGCAGACUCCACAUAUAUACAUAAUAUUCAUAUUUAUUCAGUUUUUUGUAUCUAUAGAUUGGUGAAUACGGGAUGGCUGAUCGAGUCCACCCUAUGGAUAUAGCAUCAACGUCGAGCAAUCCACCAUCGUCAAACAACUCCGGGGAAGUAAUAGGUUCACCUAGAAAACCAUCGUAUCCAUCUCCGGCGAAACCGGUGCCACCACCACCACCCGGAACUUACGUAGUACAAGUUCCAAAGGAUCAAAUUUACAAGUAUCCUCCACCGGAAAAUUCUCGCAGAUAUGAAUCUCUCACUAAACGGAAACCUCGCCGGAGUUGCUGUUGCCGUUGUCUUUGCUUCACUUUUUCCGUUAUCCUUAUCCUCAUUAUAUCAUUGGGAAUCACUGCUGGCGUUCUAUACCUUGUGUACCGCCCUGAAGCACCAAAGUACAACAUUUCAAGCAUGACUAUUAAGAAUUUCAACGUAACGGCAUCAGCUACUAUCUCGCCAGAGUUUAACAUCUCCGUUAGAGCUGAAAAUCCCAACAACAAGCUCGGAAUUUACUACCGGAAAGGAAGCUCCGUUACGGUGAUCUAUUCCGAUGUUGAUCUCUCCACCGGCAUAUUACCGGCGUUUUAUCAGCAGGCUAACAAUGUAACGGUUUUUCAAACGGUGUUAAAAGGUUCGAACGUUAUGCUUGGAAGCACCGUUAAGUCGACGUUAAGGAAUGAAGUGAGGAAAGGGAAAGUGCCGUUUAGAGUGAAUAUUAAAGCACCCGUUAAGAUUAAGAUUGGCGCCAUUAAGACUUGGGAAAUCACCGUUAAAGUUAACUGUGAUGUAACGGUGGAUGCCUUGACUGUUAAGUCUAAACUGGUUUCUAAAGACUGUGAUUAUAGUGUGAGGCUUUGGUAGAGGGAUUUGAGACAUUUUUAAUAUUUGAUUUUAUUUAUUAUAUAUACUCAACACAUGUAGAAAGUAUAUUAUACUUUUUCUCUUUUGCUUGAGAGAAUGAAAAAUGUUAGUGAAUUCAUUUAGAGAAAUUGAAUAACAAAUAAAUUUGAAAAUUAGUUGUA